AUGACGAAAAGAACGAAACGAGACCGUUUAAGUAAAUGGGAUGACGGAGAGAAUCCAUUGAAUGACGAUCAGGAUGAUUACAUCUCCGAACGAUCAUCCAUUCUCUCGCUUGAAGGACAUUUCCGAGGUCCAGACGGUGCUACUAAGCAGCAGCAACAGCAGCAACAACAACAACAACAAUCACAACCGUAUCCACAAGGCGAUCAACAACAAUAUCAGGACCCGUAUCUCAAUGGGGAAGGACCACAUACUCUUCGAUAUUUCUACAAUGAACUACCUGAGCAUGGCGUACCUGCAGCGACUGUCGUUAAGGAAAGUAAGAAAGAAACGAAAAGAAGAAUAAAAGAAGAAAGGGAAGCAAGGCGCGGCCAAGGACAACUCGUUGAAGGACCUGGCGCUAAGCCGAUAGUGUCCGGCGAGAUGCACGAUAACUACUACCCUUAUUGGUAUUACUAUAAAGCGAAAAAUCCCGAUUGGAUUAUGCGUCAACAACAAUAUAAUAAUGCGCCGUUUAUGCCUGCUCCUGAGCCGACAACUAAAAUUGAUCUGACCGAGCCAGAAAAUUUACCUAUUGAACCUAAACUGACACUUGCACAACAAAAGGCACGCAAAUAUCAAUAUGGUGAUCGUAAUACACCCGAUAUCAAAUAUAACCGUAUGCGACGACGUUAUGAAAUGUUAGGUAAGGAUGGAAAACCAAUAGAUGGUGACGGAACUAAUGAUCAAGAAGGAACAUCCUCGAAACAAUAUAUUCCUUUGAAAGAUGGUGAUAAUGAAGAUGAUCCACGCUUACGAAAGAAUGGCCGAUAUUCUCGGUCCGAUUCACGUGGAAAGCUUCACACAGAAUAUGAUUGGGCUGAACACUAUACAAAUUAUAUGAGAAACAAAUCCGCUCUUGGAAAUCAUAGCGUAAACUAUAAACCCAACAUUCGAUCGAAACAUCGCAGAAGUAGAAAAGAUUAUGAUCCGCUUCGUGGCAUCUACGGAGAUGAUGAUGAUGAAAAUGGGCCUAAUGGAGAACGCAAAGAUCAAUAUUAUACUUCCCGUGGAAGAAACUAUAGUCCCAACGCAGCCUAUAAUCGUAAUAAUCGUUAUACAACUAGAUCUCAACAAGAUUACACAACUUCUUCGAAUCGUUAUGGCCAACAAGGAUACAAUCAAUCUCAACCACGUUCAAAUCAAAACUAUUCCGCACCGCACGGUGAUCGAAAUGGACCAAACGGUAAUAACUACAACCACUCUCAUGGUCAUUCCCAUAGUAAUGGUUACGGUUACGGUCACGGUCAAGGUCAGAAUGGUAAUCAAAGAAAUAACCACUACAUAUCAUCCAAAGAUAUGACUGGUACUGGCUUUCGAGUUAUGGAUGCUUCAGGACGUACUGGAAACGGAAACGCUUUGGUUCAAGAAUAUUCGCGUGGUCGUGGUCCACCAUCCAUCUAUAACCAAGGUUCAUUGCUUCCAUCGAUUUCACGUGAUUAUCUUGAUCGACCGCAUCCAGUGGACUAUUAUGGCACACAAGCAUUGACAAACGACUGGAAAACGCUAUCCUACGCGCCUCUAGUAUAUAAAUCGAACGCUCGAACGAAAUUUUACGAUCGUUAUUUGAGCAAUGUGAUAGAUAAACGUUUGUUUACAUGA